AUCCACGCAUAUUCGCCCACAGGACCGGGAUCUGGGAGCCUAAAGGCUGCAUCACUUCACACCGACCUUUCAUUGUAUUAUGAGCACAGAGGAGGGAGAGGCGGGCGCACCUUGCGGGGAGACGAGGGGAGAAGACACCGGCAUCACCGGCAUCACUGACCGCCCCACCUGGGAUGGAGGCGAGCCGCUGGGCUGCCAAGGACGCCGGCACCCCGAGGAUGAGGACGGGGAACCAGAGCAGGCAGAGGACAGAGAGGGCUGCCGGGAGGGCCGGGGCUGCAGGGAAGCAGGUGAGGGGAGCACCGGGGGGAAUUUUUCCAGCGAGGAAGGGGCGGUCGGGGGAGCCUCGUGCAAGGAGCAGGCGAUGCACUCAAACUGCAGCAGCGAGACCUGCAUCCCCACUCCCAGCUGCCGGAUCUGCUUCCAAGGCGCAGAGCAGGGCGACCUGUUGAACCCGUGCCGGUGCGACGGUUCGGUGCGCUACACCCACCAGCACUGCCUGCUGAAGUGGAUCAGCGAGCGCGGCUGCUGGACCUGCGAGCUCUGCUGCUACCGCUUCCACGUCAUCGCCAUCAACCUGAAGACGCCUCGGCAGUGGCAGUCCAUCACCAUCACCCUGGUGGAGAAGGUGCAGAUCAUCGCCGUGUUCCUGGGCUCUCUCUUCCUGGUGGCCAGCAUCUCCUGGCUGCUGUGGUCCACUCUGAGCCCGCAGGCCAUCUGGCAGCGCCGCGACAUCCUCUUUCAGAUCUGCUACGGCAUGUACGGCUUCAUGGACCUGGUCUGCUUGGGCUUGAUUGUCCACGAGGGGGCGGCGGUGUACAACGUCUUCAUGCGCUGGCGGGCCGUCAACCUCCACUGGGAUCUGAGGAGCUACGAUAAAGCAAAAGACAUGGAGGAGACGAGCACCGGCCACUCCUCAUUGGUCCCCAGGACGCUAUGGUUGCCUCUGGCCACCUUUGGGCCCAACGGCCACUUAAACUCCACCCAGCUGGGGCCGCAGCCAUGGACCUGCCUCUGUUUGCCCCCCAUCUGCCCCGGCCUGGUGCCCCGAAGCAACCUCAGCCAGGACAGCGACUCAGGAGAGGUCGUCAUUCGUGUGACAUCGGUGUAACACCAGGCGGUAUUUAUGCAGGAACAGAGCAUCCGAUGGUGGUAACAAUGGCAUCUCUGGGCAGGUUGGAAUAUUACACAAUCUGUUGACUUUUUUUUCUUGCAGUUUUUCCAGAUGUUUUCCAAAUGUAUUGUUUUUCUUCUCUGGGGCGGGUCCUCAGGAGAAUCUCAACAGUUAAAUGAGCUCAUGUGUGGUGUCGUUGCCUUUGUGUUUGAUUCUUAGAAGAAGAACAACACAGUCAACCGUCACCUCUACCCUUUCUUUUUCCUAACCCUUGUGCAGUAUUCAAGUCUUGUGGGAUAGAAGGUAGUGAUGAGAAAGAUGAUUAGAUUUACAUCUUGCGACCUUUUACAUCCUCAAACAUUCGUGAUAGUAAGGUUAAUAGAUGCUUUACAUGGUCAUCAUGGCACUGUGUACCUUACAUUUGACUGUUUAACCCACUGAGCGAUGGACUUUGGCUGAUUUUAAGCAUCCAUGCUAGUUUGUGGAAUAUGUGGAGGCUUUCUGAAACAAUCAGUUUCCCAGUGGUAAUUAUAACUGGGACAUUGAUGUGAACAAGUAUUUACAGAAGUUUCCACAUGACAUAAACACAGUGAAAUAAUGAAUGAAACUUUA